AUGAAUUCUGCAUCUGUGUCUGAAAGUGGCUAUCUUGAUUUGCUGCACAGUGAUAUUGAUCCAUUGCAUCUGUAUACUCUCUUUGAUCCUAAGUCAUCUGGAAAUGAAGAAGGUGACUUCUCUGCAGACCCUGAAGUUGAUGCCAGCAACUGUGAUCAGUUCAACAAUAUGGAUUUCCUGUGUACAAUGGAAAAUGGUGAAAAUGAGGAUGAAUUGUAUCUCUGUUCCAACGCCAUAGAAGCUUAUGCUAGAAUAGCUGAACUAGCAGAAUAUGUGCUCAAAGAUCAACAGGAGAAGCAGGCGGAAGAUGCUUUUGCAGGAAAUCUUAUUUCGGAUGAAGUGGCUGCUGAAAACACUGAGAAAUUUACUGACAUAAAGAUGCAAAACUGUCGCAAACGAACCUCUGCAGAGAGUUGCUCUGGUGCUUCAGAACCCAAAUACAAGAAAAUUGUGGACAUCCCUGCAGUAUCUACAGGAAAUGGCAGUUUCUUAGCUAUGCCUCUCAACAGCCACGCAUCUAGCUCCACCUCACUGAGUAGCCAGCACAUGUCUUUUUUUGUUCCUGCUACUAAUGCACUGGAAAGAAGUUUUGCAUUUCCUGGAUCUUCAGCACCUUUGAUUCCAGAGUGUCUACUUGUCAGCAUGAGCCAAGAGAAUACAGGCUUUGCAGAUCCUCCUCAGCAGAUACUGAACUUUGUUCUUGGAAAUGGCACAUCUGAUGUUAUAAUAUAUCCAGUGCUGACUUCCAUGGAAACACGGAUAUCCCCAGGUUUCCCAGUUAGUUUAUGUGCUGAUUUACAGCAGCACAACAUGUCUGAGUAUGUCACAAGCCUCAGAAUUCCAAAUGCAGCAGAAAAAUAUGCGAGUUUAGAAACAUUCAAAGAAGUCAGAGUUCCUGUAAUUUCUCCUGAAGUACCUUUCAAAAGACCAGAGCCAGUGGAAUCUUUCUGUACAUCACUUAUGGAUUACUUCCGAGAUGUGUGCAAAUCUGUGGCCAUGGAGCGUGAAGUAACUCUUGAUCACCUGUUUAUUGAUGGAACACUUGUUCAAAGCCAAACUGAAACCAAGACUGGGAAGAAUAGUGUAAAAGCAAUGGAAAGGGAGAUGGUGACUUGCAGUUUGCAAGGGAAGGAAAGGGCAGUCCUUAAAAGAAGCCAACUAUUUCAAACUCCGGGAGGUAAAGAUUUAGACACUAAAGUAGUUGUGGUGCUGGGAAAAGCAGGAAUGGGCAAAAGCAUUCUUGUUCAGAAGAUCUGCCAGGACUGGUCCAAUGGAGAGUUUUCUCAAUUUAAAUUUGUGUUUUGGUUUGACUGCAAGCAAUUAAGCUUGCCUGAGAAGCGAUACAGCCUGAAGGAUCUGCUUCUUGAGUAUUUUGUAAAACCCCAAGAGGGAAGCAAAGAGAUCUUUGAGUAUAUAUUGGAAAAUCCUGCUAAAGUCCUUCUGAUUUUUGAUGGCUUUGAAGAGUUGCAUGAUCAUGAGACUUUUCCUCGUUGCUCAGCCAGCCAGCCUGAAAAAGACUUCUGCAGUAUAAGGGAGCUGCUUUCAGGACUCAUCCAAAAAAAGAUACUCCGUGGUUGUACUUUAUUACUUACAGCAAGACCAAAAGACAAAGGGUACCAGUAUGUGUCCAAAGUGGAUAAGACUAUUGAAAUAGUGGGAUUUUCCCCUCAGCAGAGAGAAUUGUUCAUAACCAAAUACUUCCAAGGCUUGCCCUACAGCAGGAAUGCACUGAAAUUAAUAAAAGAGUCUGAGUAUUUGUUCAGUCAUUGUCACUGGCCUGUUAUGUGUAGAUUUGUUUGUUUUCUCUGUGAGACACUACUUGAAACGGGAGACAAAAGCCUUCCUUCAACACUUACUACAGUCUUCCUGAAGUUUGUUCAGCAGAAGAUCACGCCUAGGCAAGCAGAUGUUACAGCUGUGCAAAAUCAAGAGAGUCUCGCUGCACUAGCCCAUAUAGCCUGGUGUCUGGGAGAAAAGCACCAAAGUACCAUGAAAAGUGAUCUUCUUCCUUCUAAGGAAGUUAGAGAGUUUGCUCUGAAAUAUGGAUUUUUCCUGCCAUUUACUUUCCCACAACAUUCCAAUAGUGGAGAAGAGGAAUUUGGGAGCAUAUUCUCUGAUUUUGUCAUUCAAAAUUUCUUGGUUGCGCUUCACCUUAUGUUAGCAGAAGACAUCAAAGAUAAAAGUCUAACAAAGUACCUUUCUUUUCCAUCCAAGAAGAAAAAAACUCUUAACUGGUUAGAUCUAAUGCCUCGAUUUUUGGCUGGGUUGUUGUUCCUCCAGGAUGACCCCUACUUCUGCUCCUUUUCAAAGAAGGAUAUAAAACAUUCAACCAAGAAGCAGAAAACGCUCUUGAAGUAUAUUAGAAGGCUGCAGAUAAACAGGCUCUGUCCAGAGAGGUUACUUGAGCUUUUACACUGUGUUUAUGAAACUCAAAGCAAUUAUCUUUUGCAGCAUGUGGCCUUAUGUCUUAAGCCAGAGAUGUCUUUUCUGGGUGUAGUUCUUACCCCACCUGAUGUCCACGUACUGCACUCUAUUUUAAAAAGAUCAAGUAAAGAGUUUUCCUUGGAUUUGCGAAACAGCAGCAUUGACAUGCAAGGGCUAAAAGACUUGGUUGGCCUAAAGAAUGUGGCAUCGUUCAGGGCCUCCCUCAGCGAUACAGUCAGGCUGUGGAACUCUUUAAAUCAGACAAAAGACUAUGAAACGCUGAGAGCGUCAACAGAGAAAUUUGUUCUUGAUCCCUUUAAGGCAAAGACAAUGAAGGACAUCAGUGACCUUUCAGAACUUGUGGAGAUGCAGGAGACAAUGAUCAACUGUGUGCAAGACGCAUCUGGUUGCAGCAGCAGCUAUGAAAUUCCUGCUAUCAAAAACCUCAGAAAACUCGAGUUUGCGUUGGGUCCAGUAUGUGGCCUUCAAGGAUUCCUAAAACUCGUGGAAAUUCUUGCAGCAUUUCCAUCACUUCAGCAUUUAGACCUUGAUGCUCUGAGUGAAAAUGGCAUAGGUGAUGAGGGAGCAAAGAGUCUAUCAGAAGUCUUUCCAACCCUGACAUCACUGGAAACAUUAAACUUAUCACAGAAUAAGAUAACAGAUGUGGGAGCAGAGAAACUAGCUGCAGCUCUUCCUUCCUUGUCUUCAUUAAAGACACUAAGCUUAUACAACAAUAGCAUUUGUGACUUUGGAGCAGAAAAUCUUGCAAAAGUUCUCCCUGAGAUGGCAUCUUUAAGAGUGCUAGAUGUUCAGUAUAACAAAAUAACUGGUGUUGGAGCUCAGCAGCUGACUGAUAGCCUACGAAAAUGUCCCCAUAUAAAGAACUUGGUGAUGUGGAAUCCCACCAUUCCCUAUGGCAUGCUUGAACACCUUCAGCAGAUGGAUUCUAGGAUCAGUGUGUAG